AGAAGCUGGUCGGCUGGCGGGGGUUUGGGGCACAAGUAGGAAGCUCCGCGCGCGGCUCGCACGCCGGGACCGCCCGCCCCAGAGGAGGUUCCUGCUGCACUCCCAGUCAGCCCUGCUGGUCCUCCCGUCCCAGCCCAGGGCCACCGGCUGUCACCCACUGGCUUCAUUAUGAGUGUUCCAGAUUACAUGCAGUGUGCUGAGGACCACCAAACUCUCCUUGUUGUGGUACAACCAGUAGGCAUUGUCUCGGAGGAAAAUUUCUUCAGGAUUUAUAAAAGAAUUUCAUCUGUGAGCCAGAUAAAUGUUCGAGAUUCACAACGAGUAUUGUACAUACGCUACAGACAUCAUUAUCCACCUGAAAACAAUGAAUGGGGAGAUUUCCAAACCCACCGAAAAGUCGUAGGCCUCAUCACAGUAACAGAUUGCUUCUCUGCAAAAGAUUGGCCACAAACCUUUGAGAAGUUCCAUGUCCAGAAGGAAAUUUAUGGUUCCACACUCUACGAUUCCCGAUUGUUUGUUUUUGGGCUUCAGGGUGAAAUUGCAGAGCAACCUCGGACAGAUGUGGCAUUUUAUCCCAAUUAUGAUGAGUGUGAAUCUGUAGAGAAGAGAAUUGAGGAUUUCAUUGAAUCCCUUUUUAUUGUGCUGGAAUCCAAGCGUCUAGAUAGAGCCACUGACAAGUCUGGAGAUAAGAUUCCUCUCCUGUGUGUACCUUUUGAAAAGAAGGACUUUGUUGGAUUGGACACAGAUAGCAGACACUAUAAGAAGCGGUGUCAAGGACGGAUGAGGAAACAUGUUGGUGACUUAUGCCUUCAGGCAGGGAUGCUACAGGAUUCCUUGGUUCAUUACCACAUGUCUGUGGAGCUUCUUCGGUCUGUGAAUGACUUUUUAUGGCUUGGAGCUGCCCUUGAAGGCUUAUGCUCUGCGUCUGUUAUCUAUCAUUAUCCUGGUGGUACAGGAGGCAAAGCUGGAGUUCGAAGGCUGCAAGGUACCUCGCUUCCUGCUGAUUCAGGCAACCGGCACCGACCAGGGGCACAAGAAGUUCUCAUUGAUCCAGGUGCUCUUACUACCAAUGGUAUAAAUGCAGACACCAGUACAGAAAUAGGACGUGCCAAGAACUGUCUUAGCCCUGAAGACAUCAUUGAUAAAUAUAAAGAAGCAAUUUCUUAUUAUAGCAAGUAUAAGAAUGCUGGUGUAAUUGAAUUGGAAGCUUGUGUCAAAGCAGUGAGAGUCCUUGCAAUUCAGAAGAGGAGCAUGGAAGCAUCAGAAUUUCUCCAGAAUGCUGUUUAUAUCAACCUUCGCCAGCUUUCAGAAGAAGAGAAAAUCCAACGUUACAGCAUUCUUUCUGAGCUCUAUGAACUAAUUGGUUUCCAUCGCAAAUCUGCUUUCUUCAAGCGAGUAGCUGCAAUGCAGUGUGUGGCCCCCAGUAUUGCUGAACCUGGAUGGAGGGCUUGCUACAAACUCCUCUUAGAGACUCUUCCCGGCUAUAGUUUGUCAUUGGAUCCUAAGGACUUCAACAAAGGAACUCACAGAGGAUGGGCAGCAGUGCAGAUGCGCUUGCUUCAUGAAUUAGUGUAUGCCUCCAGAAGAAUGGGGAAUCCUGCACUCUCAGUCAGACACUUGUCCUUCCUUUUACAGACGAUGCUGGAUUUUUUGUCAGAUCAGGAGAAGAAAGAUGUGACACAGAGCUUAGAAAGCUACACUUCAAAAUGCCCGGGCACAAUGGAACUUAUCUCUCUCCCAGAUGGACUAAACUUGCCUCCUGUCCCAUUUACGAAACUUCCCAUUGUAAGGCGUGUGAAACUCUUGAACCUUCCAGCCAGCCUUCAGCCACAGAAAAUGAAAAGCUUACUAGGGCAAAGCAUGUCAACCAAGAGCCCCUUCAUUUACUCUCCAAUUAUUGCACAUAACCGUGGAGAAGAGCGAAGCAAGAAAAUAGAUUUCCAGUGGGUUCAGGGAGAUGUUUGUGAAGUCCAGCUGAUGGUGUAUAAUCCAAUGCCCUUUGAACUCCGUGUGGAAAAUAUGGGUCUCAUUACAAGUGGAGUGGAAUUUGAAUCUCUUCCUGCAGCUCUUUCUCUCCCUGCGGAAUCUGGACUUUAUCCAGUGACACUAGUUGGUGUCCCUCAGAGUACAGGACAGAUUACUAUUAAUGGUUAUCAUACUACUGUUUUUGGUGUAUUUAGUGAUUGUUUGCUGGAUAGCCUGCCAGGAAUUAAAACUAAUGGCUCCACAGUAGAAGUCAUUCCUGCUUUGCCAAGGUUGCAGAUAAGCACUUCAUUACCCAGGUCUGCCCGGACACUGCAGCCUGCUUCUGGGGAUGAAAUUUCCACUAAUGUAUCUGUUCAGCUUUAUAAUGGAGAGACCCAGCAACUUGACAUCAAAUUGGAAAACAUUGGAAGUGAACCUUUGGAGACUUUAGAAGUCACAUCAAAAAUUCUUGCCACCAAAGAAAAGCUGUAUGGUGACUUUUUAAGUUGGAAACUAGAAGAAACACUUGCUCAGUUUCCCUUACUACCAGGAAAGACAGCAACAUUCACUGUAAAUAUCAAAGUGAAAUUAGAUUUCUCCUGUCAAGAGAAUCUCCUACAAGAUCUCAAUGAUGAUGGAAUCAGUGUUAGUGGCCUUCCUCUUUCCAGUCCUUUUCGACAGGUUGUCAAGCCUCGAGUUGACAGCAAACCAGCGAAUCCCCCAGAAGGCAGCAAGGCUGGUGAUUUCAGUCAUGUAAAAACACUAGAAGCCAUCCUGAAUUUUAAGUACUCAGGGGGCCCAGGCCACGUUGAUGGAUUUUACAGGAACCUCUCCUUGGGAAUUCAUGUGGAAGCUGAGCCAUCUGUAUUUUUCACCAGAGUCAGUACAUUGCCUGCAACAAGUACCCGUCAAUGCCACCUGCUUCUGGAUGUAUUCAACUCCACAGAGCAUGAACUAACUAUCAGUGCCAAGAGCAAUGAAGAACUUAUUCUACAUGCUGGGGAAUGUCAAAGAAUGGCGAUUCAAGUAGACAAGUUCAACUUUGAGAGUAUCUCAGAGUCUCCUGCAGAAAGGACUCAGUUUACAAACCACAAACAACUUGAAGAGGAGAGGCAGGAAGCUCGGGGUUUGGAGAUCAACAGCAAGUUAGACAUCCACUGGAAUAUCCCAUCUUUAAAGCGACAUGGAGAAGCAAGUGUUGAAGGGAUCCUCAAUCAGCUGGUCCUGGAGCAUCUCCAGUUGGCUCCUUUGCAGUGGGAUGUACUCGUAGAUGGACAGCUAUGUGACUGUGAUAUUGUGGCAGACUGCCGAGUUGGUGACCCCAUCCCACUUGAAAUACGGCUAACCAACUGGAGCAAGCGAAAUGUGGGACCCUUUGCCCUCACAGUGAUCCCCUAUCAAGACUAUCAGAAUGGUGUGCACAACUAUGAGCUUCAGGAUGCCAUCACCUUUGUGGGCUCCAACACCUUUUACAUCAACUCAGUUCGGCCAAUGGAGAACUCUGUGUGCCUGGGUGCCCUCCUCUUCCUCUACACUGGUGACUUCUACCUAAAUAUCAAAUUCCAUGAAGACAGCACCAGUAAGGAGCUUCCACUGUCCUGGUUCUGCCUGCCCAGCGUCCACAUCCGAGCCCAAGGGCCUGACCUCCAAGCUUGAAAGCCAAGAUCAUAUGGGCUUAGGUAGACUGGAAACUGCCUUGCCCACAAGUCAUUUGGAUCCCACAUUGGAACCCCUAUUUCUUCCCAAGGCUAAGCACACAUCUUGAGAGGGGCAGUUGGAGAAGUCCAUCAUGGAAGCAGCUGCCCAAGUUGCAUACCCAAAUUCCAAAGGUUCUGAAGGGUGUGCAUGCAUGUGGACACACACACACACACACACACACACACACACACACACACACACACACUAUGGAAGCCAGAAUGAGGGAAUAGAAGAUAGAUUUCAGUCCCAAACUCAUCCCUGACCUUGUCCCCUUACUCCUGGCUUUCUCAGGCUUUACCUGAAGUGACAGAGUCAAGUUAUAUCCAGUUCCUCCUCUCCUCCUUUUCUUACAAAAUGCCCCUCGUCCCCAAGCUAUGCUGGCAACAGGGAGAUGUUUUUCCAGCUCCUAGCAUGAGGAAUUCUGUUUAUGCCCUGCACUAGUGUGGUCAGCAACACACCAUGCCCUUGAGAUGGGAAGACUGGGGCUCAGCUUUUCAAUCUGGGGCAAUCCUUAGCUUUCUAAGUGAGGGGUUGGGGGGGGGGAGGUGAUCAGGUGACCAGCCAACCCAAUCAUGACGUCACCAGUGAGGGCCUUGGUAUUCCCACACACCCCUUUGCCCCAAUUGUAGCAUAGGCAUAAGCAAAAACUUGCCAUCCCGAUGGACAAGAAGCCCUCUGUGGCCUGAGAGACAAAAGGUAGGAUUGGGGUGGGGGUGGGCCUGGAGUCAUUUCCAAAAGCACCAUCCCAGGGGGUUCCAUCUAAAGGAAGAGCUUCUUCUAAUCAGAGAAAGGAAUCAAGCUAAUCACUCCUCAUUUCUCCCUGGAAGCUCAGAACUUCCCUGGGUAAUUUUAGACUUCUUCCACGCUGACAGAUAACCAGGCCUCUUGGGAAUCCCUGGGUCAUUUGGUGGGGACAGAGGGCUAUCAUCAAUAACAACAGUUUCUGGGCCUUCCCUCCCCAGGGAAAGCCUCGGGAAUAAUGUUCCCAGUGGCUAGUUGCCCAAGUGAGGCCAGAGCCCUCGGGGAUGUGGAUGGAGUCCUGGGAUCCUUAGCCAGAUUUCGCACCAUUACUACCCUUUGUAUACAUGGAUGAGAAAAAGAAAAGACCAUUUUGUUUGAACCAAGCUGCCGAACCGCUAAGUCUUUGGAACCAUCUGGACAGGGCAUAGCUUUGGCCACCUGAGUCCAUUUGUUCCCUGCGAAAUUGUGAGCCUAGCCCCUGCUUCCAGAGCCCGGGCAGCAUGCGCUCCCUCCACAUGUUUCCGUUUGACUUUUUAAUUUCUAUAAAAAUACAUAUUGGUCCGGGAGGGGGGAACUGGGGAAGUUUAAUUCACUGUAGCCAGAUUUGUCUUGAAUUGAAUAAUACAGUAUUCCCAUUAGAGAGAAAGAAAAACACAUCAUCUACUUCUACCACAUGUAAGGGUGAAGACUUUGUGCUUACCUUCGCAGGGCUCUCCAGGCCCCCAGUUUAAGACAUCUGAGUGUUAUCAGGAGGCAAAGGAAAGGCAAGUGGAACUAGAAAGGGCUCCUCCUCUGGGAAUCCACUCCCAGCAUGGGAGCGCCGGAACAUAGGCCAGACCCCAUCUCGGCUCCCUCCUCGGCCCGUGUUCAGAGCUAAGGAAGGACGAGUGUGGGCUCCGUUUUGAUGAGCUCACAUCCCAUGGCCUUGCCCAGCUUCACCCAGCCACACUCCUGCUCCCCAGGCCAUUCUCGAGGCCCGGCCCAGCAUCAGUUUGCUCCCCUGGCACCCCUAUCAGAAGCGUCAGGGAAGUGGGAGCCUCCCCUACACCCCUGCCCACUUGAGGCCCAGUUUUUGACCACAACCAUUCACCGUCUCCAAGCAGGCCACAGGCUGUGGGUUUGAGUUCUCUCAAGUUACGACCAUUCCUUAACUCCUCUGGUCUCCCUAGAGCAGAAGAGAGCAUCUCCUCUGCUGAUGUCACCCACUAGGCCUCUGGCUACCCUGCUGCCCUGGCGUUGUCCUCCUCCAGGGGCAGACAGGAUUUACGAAAGGUUCUUUAGGGAGAAGCAGAGCCCGUGCAUGCGAUGUGUCGAGGGGACACACCGGGAGGUUAAGCUAAACACGAGCAUUAUCCUGGACCCUUGGCCCUGUCUGGAAACAAAAGGUCAUCGUCCGGCUCCUUUGAGCGCUCAGAACAUCUGCGCUAGAUAAAUAUGGGUCCCAUCGAAGUUCACUUGCCCAAUAAAAGCUUACCUUGCUGUAA